CCAUCCCUGUGUCUUUGUUCGCAGAGCAGGGUUGCAGACAUGCAUGUGGACACUGUCUUUCUUCUGUGUCCGCUGGUUUUUGCAGCCGUGUGGAGGGGGGUCCAGGCCUUCUCUCCUGUGCCCUCAGUCCCUGACCGUGUCCGGGCUCUGGUGGGAUCCUGCGUGGUGAUUCCCUGCUCUUUCACUCCUCUGGCUCCUCAUCCUCUCAGGGGGAGGAAGGACAGGAUGGACAUCCGACUGAGGUUCAGAGGCGGUGGCCAUUUAUUCCCUCUGCGGAGCACUGCCUUCAACAGCGAGGACAGGAGUCAAGUGAGCAGAGAUUUCCAAGGCCGCACAUCUCUCUUUGGACGAAUCGCAGAUGGAGACUGCUCGGUGAAGAUAGAGAGGAUCAGCCUGGACGACUCACGCAUGUUUGAGGUGGCUCUGAAAUCAGGCGAUGACUUACUCUGGGGGAAAUCAAGCAGCUUCAAUUUGGAUGUGGUUGAUGCUCCUGAGGCUCCCGUCAUCAGCGGGAGGUCGGCAGCCACGGAAGGAGAGCUGGUCACCUUGAACUGCUCCGUCAGCUAUCACUGCCCCUCCAGACCUCCAACCCUGCAGUGGAGCUGGGAGAAAGGAGCCCCGCUGAACAGCACCGACCCUGGGGAGGUGCUGACACUCCGCCCGGACCCCAACAGGCUGAUGUUACUGGCCCAGCUGUCGUUUACAGUGUCACACCAGGUGAAGCCCAGGCUCAGGUGCGAUGUCACCUUCCCUGGAGCCACAUCAAUGGCCACUUCGAAGGAUCUACAUGUGACUUUUCCCCCAAAAGAAGUGAAGGUGCAGGUCCAGUCCUUGACGGUGCUCGAGGGGGGUAAUGCACUGCUGGUUUGCACAUGUAAAGCUGAUCCUCCAGUGUCACAGUACCACUGGUCCUACACUCAACACGGCCGUACGGUGCAGCUCCGGCAGCGCACACACUCAGUCCGGUUGUACAACGUGACUCGAGACAUGAAGGUCCGCUGCUCCGCUCACAACCUGAUUGGUCGAGGAGAGUCCCGCCCCACGCCAUUGGACAUACAAUAUAAACCAACCAUCGUCCAACUCUCCUCCACCUGUGCCGUAGAGGAGUUUGAGGUGCUGUGUCUGUGUUCGGUUGCCUCCAACCCCAGACCUGCGGUCACCUGGAGCGUUAACGGGUCGGUGCCCCCUCAUGAUUACAACGUGUCUGUGACAUCAGAGCCUCACGUGCUAACGGCAACUCUGAGGGGCCACAUGGACCAACCCCUCACUGUGAUCUGCUUUGCUUUCAACGCUCUGGGGAACGACUCCCUGGUUUUGCUGCAGGGAGGAGAAGGGACAGCAGCUUUGUGGUGGUUGGUGAUUCCUGCUGUGUCCAUCUGCUCGCUCAUAUUCCUCCUAUCUCUUCUUUUCUGCUGUUGUCGGAGGAGAGCUGGAAGAGAGGUCCUGAGCAGGAGUCCAGCUGUUUACCCUGAAGGACUGGGGAUCUACCAGGACAGGAUGCCGCUCUAUAUUAACUGCACAGAAGUGACUCACAUCUACACCAACGGCAGCUACCAGCUCGUUUACCAGAACUGCACACCUCAUUUUGUCCAUAACAACCAGAUUCGGCCAAUCGGCCGGAGGGGAGGAGAGAGAAGAAGAGGAGGAGGAGGAGGAGCGGGAGCAGGGGUCGACAGACGAGUCGCUCUAGGAGUCAGAGGCACAGGAGGAGUGCAGAGUGUGGCUGAGGCCGAAACUGCCAUUUACCUGGAGAUACUCUGAGUCACAUUAUUCAACUGCUACAUUACAGAUUCUUACGAAUGGGAAUGCACAUGUUUAUAGCUGUCGGUAGGUUGUAUAUAGUCUGCAUCCAAAUGUCAACAGCAUUUUUAAAUGUAAUCUCUUGGUUAGCUAUUUCUGUAAUCUCCAUAUUCAACCACUGAUUGAUGGCCUGUGACCUACAGCUGUGCUCAUUUUUUAUAUAAAAGAUGAAAAAGCCAGAGACAGUUUCAUGUUCCUCCAGAGUGAGAAAAAACAGUAGCUCAAGGUUUGAUGAAUCAGUGAGGGAAGUGUGUAGCAUUAACAAAAAUUCUGCUCUGUAAAUGAUUUGCCAGAAUCAGGGAUGCACUUCAGUUUCCUGGAACUGUUCCGCAGACAUUAACUUUUAUCUUUUCCUUUUUUAUCGAACCAUUCAAGCAGACUUUUAUCUAUAGCAUAGAUCGUUGGCGAUUCAAUUUACUUAUGAAAUAUAAUUCAACAGCACAACUCGGGUGUUGUUAUUUUAUUUUAUUGUGUACUACACAAACACAGGGACUGGUGGAGGCACUGUUUGAAUUUCACGGUUGAGGGAACAAAGGAAUGGAAGGAACUGAACUUUACUGAACUGAGGCAGAACUCAGCUAUGCUAAUACAGCAGUGCUGCGAUAGGCCGUCCUUCCCUGAAGAUUAUAAUAAAAAACAUUUAAUUUAGAAUAAACUAAUAUUAGAGCAAAUAUAUUAAUAAAAGUACAC